AUGGAAACCACCGCGGCAAGCAGUCCCUCCGCAGCCUCCAAGCUCCGACACAUGCUCGCCACCAAGGACAUCAUCGUAGCGCCCGGAGUAUACGACGGCUUCAGCGCGCGAAUCGCCCUCGAAACAGGCGCGGGCACAUGUGCCUCCAAACUCGGCCAAGCAGACCUAGGCCUCGCAACCCUCAACGACAUGCGCAGCCACGCCGAAAUGAUGGCCAACCUUGACCCCCAGAUACCGCUCAUCGCCGACGCAGACACGGGCUACGGCGGCGCCAACAUGGUUGCCCGCACCGUCGCCCAAUACCACCGCAGUGGCGUGGCAGCCCUCCACAUCGAGGACCAGAUCCAGGCAAAACGCUGCGGCCACCUGGGCGGCAAGGCCGUCGUCGACACAGACACCUUUGUGCAGCGGAUCCGCGCCGCCGCCCAGGCCCGCCGCCGCCUGGCUUCGGACAUUGUCGUCAUUGCCCGCACGGAUGCACUCCAGACAGACGGCUUCGACGAGGCCGUCCGGCGUCUCAAGGCCGCCGCCGAAGCCGGUGCCGACGUAGCCUUCCUCGAGGGCAUCCAGAACGACCAGCAAGCGAGGGACGUGUGUCGCGCGCUGGCCCCCGUGCCCGUGCUGCUCAACAUGGUCGAGCACGGGGCGACGCCCUCGUGGACGCCCGACGAGGCGAGGCAGCUGGGGUUCAAGGUUGUCAUCUUCCCCUUUGCCGCGCUGGCGCCCGCGUACAACGCCAUCCGGGAGGCCUUUGUGCGCAUCAAGGAGACGGGGAGGACCGGCCUAGACCCCGAGUUCACCCCCAAGAGGCUGUUUACCAUUGUGGGCCUGGAGGACGCAGUGAGGGUUGAGGACGAGGCUGGUGGGAGCUUAUACGACGGCGUGUAG